AUGGCCAAUACCAUUUGCCCAACAUGCUCCUGUACCGAGAUUGAUGUAGUAGAUGUGAGCGGAGACGCCGUGUGCGUGAGUUGCGGUACCAUUCUGGAAGAGAACAACAUUGUAUCGUCCGUUGAAUUUCAGGAGUCGGGCGGUGGCGCGCACUCUGUCGUAGGGCAGUUUGUGUCCGCUACAGCCUCCAAGUCUUAUGGAAUUUGUGGUACUAAUGGGCGUAAUUACGGUCUUGAAUCGCGUGCUAGCACCCUGGCCAAUGGCAAGAAGAAAAUACGCCAAAUUGCAGGCAUGCUUCGCCUUGGUGAUCACUACGUGGACUCUGCUUUUCGCCUUUUUGCGCUGGCAUUGCAGCGCAACUUCACACAUGGCCGCAAGACGCAGACGGUCAUUGCUGCCUGCCUCUACAUCGUUUGCAGGAGAGAGCGCUCACCGCAUUUACUCAUCGACUUCUCCGAUAAGCUUCAGAUUAAUGUCUAUGUGCUGGGUGGCGUAUUCCUCAAAUUCUGCAAGCUGCUGCAGAUUCAUUUGCCGCUUAUUGAUCCGUCGCUUUACAUCCAUCGUUUUGCGUCGCAGCUUAAUUUCGUAGGUAAAACUCAUAGCAUUGCCACAACUGCGCUGCGCCUCGUGGCUACGAUGAAGCGUGACUGGAUCGAAACAGGCCGCCGUCCAUCAGGUAUCUGCGGUGCGGCCUUGCUCAUCGCGGCACGCUCGCAGUCGGUUAUGUGCAGUCUUUACGAUGUUAUGGACGUCGUCAACAUUGGCGAACGUACGCUUAAGCAGCGGCUGUAUGAAUUUUCGCUUACACCAACAGCGCAGCUGACAUAUGAUCAAGUAGGUAAGUUCGAGAUGUCGCGUGUGGAGUGUGACCCGCCCAGUUUUCAACGCCACCGCGAAAAAGAAGUCAUGGAGAUGCUGUUGCUGGAGUCGAAAACUUUGCAAUUAGAACCACAACGACGAAAGCGACGAAGAAAAAUGCUGGAAGACGAAAGUGACGAAGACAACGACAGUGUUAGCGUGUCGGCGGCCAGGGGACUGCUUGACACUAAAGCGCAGCGCAUUAAGGAUGAGGAGAUGUCCCGUUUGUUAAGCUGUGAUGCAUAUUACAAGAAAAAGCAGGUGGAGUCAUUACUUGAGAACGAUGGGGCGAUUGUUGAUACAAAAGGAUGUGUUAUUGCCUCGAAAAACGAUAGUGGCGUGGAUGAUGACGACGAUAUUGACUACGGAUUUGACAAUACUAAUGAGCAGAUUGUUAAUCAUGCUAGUCGCUUGGCGGCACAGGAAAUUUUGUUUCGAGUGCGAAAGAAAUCGACUCGCUAUAUCAGACAGGAAACGAAAGUACGAGACAGCCAAGUUGAUCAUGACGAACAGGAUGACGGCGGGACAGAGCACAGUACGCCCCCCUUAUCAACAGCAAAUUCCAAGGCUCUUUCUACAGUUAUACGUAGACCGAGAUCACCAGACUUGACGAGCGCCACUUCUGAAAAGCAGAGGAGGAAUAGGGCGAGUGGCGAAAUUAAUGAGCAAGACGAUAAUGCUGAAACUUUUCGAAAUGAGAACGUAAUGUAUACAAGUAGCGUUGCUGAGACAGGAAAUGUCCAGGAGGGAGCCGUUGACUCGUUCUCGGACCUUGAUGACGACGAAAUUAACUCCUUAUUGUUGACUCGAGAGGAAGCUGAAAAAAAGAAGGUUUUGUGGGAGAAGAUGAAUAAGGAUUAUAUUCAGAAACAAACCCAAAAAUGGCCAAGUGGUUUGGCGGCGCCAGAUGUUUCCAAGAAGAGAAGAAAAAAAAAAAUUGAUGUAAACGCGCCACCUCCUGAUACGGCCCAACAUGCAAUCUAUAAAUUAAAGAGCAGAAGGAUCAAUUACGAAGUAAUUGAUGAACUCUUUGGCGAGGCAGCAAGCAACGGACUUUAG